ACAUGAAAUCUCUAUAACUUCUCUCUCGAUCUCUCUCUCUCUCUGAGCUCUCAGGACCACUGAUCACUGUCAUGGACGGAAGCGGGGGAACCCUAUCGGAGAUUUACCAAAGCGCGAGGAAGCUCUUGCUGAGGACCCGUGAUGGCCUCGAACGCCUCGAGCGGCUCGAGUACUCCACUUCUGCGGCGGGCAUGGACACCGAGCUCUCCUUCGCCGUCAAGAAGGAUAUCACACAGAUCCAAUCCCUAUGUGUUGAGAUGGACCGGCUCUGGCGAUCCAUCGCUGCCAAGUCUCAACGCGAUCUCUGGAAAAGAAAAGUAGAACAAAUAGCUGAGGAGGCUGAAUCAUUGAGAGAAAGCUUGGAUAAAUAUAACUUGAGAAAUCAAAAACGAAUGACAGAAGCUAAAGAGAGGGCAGAACUGCUGGGACGAGCUAACGGGGAUUCUGCUCACAUUUUGAGAAUUUUCGAUGAGGAGGCACAAGCAAUGCAAUCAGUUCGUAAUUCUUCAAGGGAACUGGAAAAUGCUAAUGCACUUGGGGAGGCCAUCCUGUCCUCAAUACAUGGACAAAGGGAACGCUUGAAGAGUGCACAGCGGAAAGCAUUGGAUAUCAUCAAUACAGUGGGAAUAUCAACCACCGUUCUGAGGCUCAUUGAGAGACGGCAUCGUGUUGACCAAUGGAUCAAAUAUGCAGGCAUGCUUCUGACUGUCAUUUUCUUGUUUGCGUUUAUUUUGUGGAGACGCUGACACUAGGACCUGUCGGGAGUGAGCUAUCCUGUUUGAUUCUUCUUCUUCUUUUCUUCUUCUCUUCUUUUUUUUAAAAUUGCCUUUCAAAAUAUAUGUGGAGAAAUGCAUAUAGAAUUUAUAUUCAAGGUUUAUCAUGCUGAGAAGAGCAGAACAGAGUAUGUAUGAAGAACAUAGUUGUGGAACCUCCAUAGCAUUUAUAUAACGUACAGAAGGCUGCGUAUAUGUUCCAUCAAUGACCUUUUUCCAGGUCUCCCUUGAAUUUUAUAACAUAUUCGUGUUUUUGUGACUCG